AUGUGGAACCAAGCUUAUAGAGUUAUACUGAUAUUCUUAGGAUCUGGAUUUUUACAUCACAGUUAUGCUUGCACAGUAGAAGGCGUAGACCAGAGCGUUCCUGUAACAAGAGAAAUCAAAGACACAUUUAGAGGCAUAUUUUUUUCAAGUGCUACUCAAGAUAUUCAAGAACCCAUUUCUUUAAUACAAAAUGAAGGUCUAAGGGAAGGACCGUAUCUUAAUAUUUUCCUAAAUAACUCAGUGCUUACUAUCGGUACCAAUGACAACUUUGCCAAUUAUGAAGAAGUUGAAACCGAAAGGACUAUGAGAUACACAGUAAAUUUAAGAUGUACAAGUGGUUCGCGAUUGAGUUUUGUUUUGAUUGUAAACAUAAUAGAUACAAACAACAACGACCCUAUAUUUCUGCAACCGGAAUACGAGUUUAACAUCGUUCUACCAGUCCCGCCUGGAUUCAUGGUCACCAACUGUGAAAAUGACAUUGUUGUCAGAGAUAUAGAUCUUACCACUCAAAGGAUUGAUUUUAAACUGGAUGGAAGCGAUCUCUUUGAAAUAUCUUACGACCCAUCUUCUACAGUUCCCAAAGAAUUUAAGUCGAUACUCAGAACGACUACUUUGAUAAGAUAUAUACCCGAGCAAAUAACAUUGACUUUGACUGCCACGGAUGUUGACGAAACUAGCGAUCCGGCAAGAUCAAAUACUACGACGGUUAUCAUCAAAGCAGACAAUCAAUUUCAAUUUCCUUAUGAACCAAGAUUUUCACGACCUUUUUAUUUGGCAUCAUAUGAUCGGGAAAGCGAUUUCGUAUUACAAGAUACUAUUUACUUAGAACAGGGAUAUGACGAUCAAGUUAAAUUCAGUUUUGAUAGCGAUUAUUCUGAAUAUUUCAAUAUUCUGAUAGAUGAUAAUAAAGUUCAGUUUAAUAUGAAUAAAUCAAUACCAAUGGAAAUGUAUGAAGAAAAACAAAUAUAUAUAGUUGUAAAAGCAGAAAGAGAAUACACUAGUGGUGCCACUGCUACGGUUAUUUUAAAACUACCAAUAGAUACUAAGUUAGAAUUUGAGAAAGGCAUUUAUAAAGGAACAAUUACUGAUAACGUACUACUGCUCACAGAUUUAAUAUUAAAACAAGGGUACGAAGAUUCCAAUAUAACAAUAGAAAUAAGCAGUGAAUACUCUUUCAGAGCGACUGUUUUAUCGAAUAUCAUAAAAUUAUCAAUGGAUCCUUUGACAGAGGAUGUUAUUAAGAAUAAUAAUUUUAUUGGUUUGGAAGUAUUGGCCUCAAAUAACCGCACUACGGCAACAACUGCAGUAGUAUUAGAAAUCAUAAAAGAAGAUUACAUAACUCCAGUAUUUGAGAAAUUUAUAUAUAAUGAAUACUUUACAUUCUUCAAUAUAUCGCAAGAUGGAGCAAGAAUAAGACUUGAACCGUUGGCUAUACCUGAAGAAUUGCUGAAAACGAAUAUUAUUUUAAGCAUAGUUGCUGAUAAACCAAGAACAGUGGGAGCACAUGCUACAAUCAAUAUAGCGGUUCCAUCAGCUCGAUCUUUGGUUUUCGAAAAGGAUUUGUAUAUCGGAACAAUAGAAAAGAAAAAUUUAACACUCAAUAACAUUAUUUUAACUGAUGGAUACGGCCCAGACUUAAAUUUUACCUUAACUGGCGAACUUUCAAAUCACUUUUCCGUGAGUAACAAUCAAAACAUCCUAACUGUCUUCGUAACAACGGAAUUGCCGGAGACAGUUGUAUUGGAGAACGACUUUAUUGUAUUGACUCUCGUUGCAUUCGGAAUGAAAGCUAUUACAACUUCAACAAAUAUCGUCAUUCGAAUAAUAAAAGAAGACUAUCUAACUCCCGUUUUUAACGAGCAGAUCUAUUCUGUAACGUACGAGAACAAUCAAUUAAGUGCCGUCAAUAUGACAUUGAUCCAAGGUUUCGAUGAAACUGUCACAUUUGAAUUGAUGGGUGUCCACAGAGAAUUCUUUAGUUUAGAAACUAGUCUCAACACAAUAAAACUCGUUGUGAACUCCACUAUACCAGAAGAUAUUAUAUUUAAUGAAAAGGUUAUCAUAUUAAAUGUUGUGGCUCGAAAGCCCCUAACAGUUGGAGCAAAUGCAGCAGUGUAUAUAACAUUUCCACCAGAGAUGACAGAACUAGGCGUAUUGAAUUUUACCCAAAAUGCUUAUAGGGGCUCUUUAAAAGAGGGCGUCCUUCAAGUAGAAGAUAUAAUACUUGAAUAUGGUUACACGCCACAAACAAUAUUUAUUCUAAGCGGAGUAAUGCUAAAGAGUAAUGUAUCAUUGGAGGAAAUCGAAACACAGAAUUUUAUUACUUUAGAAGUUAAAGCAAUAAGAAAAAGGACUGUUCCUGCAACAACAGUAGUAGUGGUGUAUAUCAAUAAAACUAACAUUCUUACUCCUAUAUUUGAACAAGCAUUUUAUAACGGCAGUUACACUAAAGACGGUGGAUUAGUAUUUGAACAAGUAAUAUCAUUACAGGAAGGUUUUGAUGGUACUGUAGAAUUUAGUUUAGAAAAAGAGUAUUCACAGUGGUUUGUGUUGGAACUAAAUGGCAAUUCUGUAAUUUUAAAAUUAAACACUUCAAAUCCUAUACCAGAGGACGUCACAGAAAAAAAUAAGCAAUUUUUAAUCACAAUUUUUGCCAGAAAACCACAGACGAUUGAUGGGAGAGCAGUUAUAUAUAUAGAUAUACCAAAAGAAAAUAGCAGUGUCAGAAUACUUCAAUUUGAACGGGUCAGCUAUUUGGGAAGUAUAGAGAGCGGGGUAAUAGAAAUAGAAGAGAUUCGUCUCAAGACUGAAAUUACGUCAUCAAUGGAAUUCAAUAUAACUGGAGGUGAAUACGCCUCGUAUUUUACAAUAUCUAAGCAGACUGAAUUUAUACAGAUUGACAUCGUGGACGCACCACCAGAAGUGUUUGAAAAUAAUGACUUUUUAGUUCUCAAUAUAAAUGCGUUUGAAGUCGGAUCUAUAAGUGGACAUACCACUGCCGUAUUGAAUAUAAUAAAGGACCAACAGUAUAAAAAUAUCACCCCAGUAUUUAGCGAAGCCUAUUACACUGGACAGUAUUCUAAGGAUACAGGACUUUUAUUCUUAUCUACUAUAACUCUCAUCCAAGGUUAUGACGAAAUUGUCAAAUUUUCACUUGAUAGAGGAUCUCCGGAGACGAGUGUUUACUUUGAUAAAAUUCUUUACAAUGGGAAACUAGAGGAUGGCAUUCUUUCACACGAAACCAUAACAUUGACAGGAUUCAGUGGAACAAAUAUUUUAAUAACGGGUGAAAACUCAAGACUUUUUGAAGCGGAAUUAAUGAACGGCUUUGUGAAAGUCACAACAACGUCUUCGUCCGAAUUUCCAAGAGAGCUUACUCACAUAGCACUUGAAUUACAAGCAGGGAGUGCGAAGUCAGUACUUUUAAUAGAUGUCAGUUUUUCAGAGAACCCGGAUCUACCAAAGAUAUCAUUUAAAUCACAAUCCUACUUCUUUUGGGCUGAUGUCAAACAGACGGGGGAAAUUGGAAGGGUGGAAGCAACGGUUGAUAAUGAUGAAGCUGUCACAUACUCCUUGCAUGUUACUAAUGAUCACAUAGCAUCUCGGCUUAAUAUAGAUGAAAGUAAUGGAGUAUUACAGUUGACAAACGUCGCCGAGAAGGGAAUAUAUAAUUUCAAUGUUAAAGCAACUUCGGUUCAAAGCAAAGUUGAAGCUACAGCAUCAGUGCUAUUGCGUGUUGACGCUCUACCAGAUUGCGGGGGUGAGGUUGGCCUGUCACCUUUGAUAGUUAUUGAAAGAGUUGAAGAAGAAGCUCAUUAUAAUUUGGUUGUCUUAAAUGAAACUGAACAUGAGGGUUGUCAGUACUCAUUGACAAACGUCUUCCCCGAAGAUCAAUCCUGGUUAUAUAUCGAAAGUAACGGAUUGCAUACAAAGCCCAUUGACCGAGAGGACAAAUCAAUUGCUUUCAUGACUCUGUCUCAGAUUCAAGUUGAAUUAACACUUAAGUGCGACAGUGAUGAAGUGCCGGCCUUCGCUAAGCGUUCAUUAGACGCAGACGAUAGCUCGUACCUCUAUUCUUACGACUACGGUCCUAAUAAAUGGGUCCUGACUGACACCAUUUUAUAUAAUGCCAGACGAAGCUUCGUGAACCUUAUCGUCAAUGAUAUUAAUGAUAAUUCACCAAAAUUCAACGGAAAGGAAAAUGAUACAAUUUACGUAGGAUAUCCGGUGUCCGAAAUAGAGGGGGUCGUUCUUCCACGUGCUCUUGUUGAAUUGAAGGCGACAGAUGAGGAUAUAGGAGAAAAUGCAGGCAUAAUGUAUUGGAGCGGGGAAGACAAUCUGGCCGUUUCACCAAAUACCGGUUUAGUUCACGUUCGCAAUAACGCAAAAUUGGAAAACAAUUCCCGUUUAACAGUAUAUGCUAUCGACCAAAACGGACAAGGGAACAACGGCUCUAUAGAUAUUGUGGUUAAAUUAUUAAAUAAAAAUCAAAUUGCCGUCCUGACUAUAAGAAACGCAUUCUUGGAGGAUGAAUCUAACGUUUUAAAUGAUUUGAGUAAUUCGGUGGGAUACGACGUAAAGGUUUUAAGAUCUAUUGUGAUAUCUGACAGCUAUGAAGAAUCCAAUAGAACGAAACGAGACCUAUCUAGUAAUAGCCGAUCAUCUCUGCAACUAUAUGUUUAUGGUUUAAAGGAAAGUGAACCAGUAGACAUAAAUCAAUUGACCGGAGAUAUUAACAAUAAUAACGUAGCUACAAUCACAAUAGCCAGGAUUCUAUCUUUAGAAGAUCAUCUUGACAGUCUUGACAUAUGUCCCGGAGUGGAACGUGAUAUAGUCCUGCUAGCUAUAACCAUCGCACUAUCUAUCCUGAUAUUUAUUUUAAUUAUAGCGAUAGCUGUAUUGUUCUUCCUUAAAUGGAGAAUAACAAGAAACUACGAGAGAUUCAGUGAUAGCAACAGUACAACUUCCCAAUUAGCAUCACCCAAGCUUCCUGUUAUUGAAGUUCCUCAGAAAACACGUCUCAAUAUGGAGGAAAUAAAAAGGAGUGAGAAGAGGCUACAAGAAAUGUUAGAAGGGCCGGUUGAAAAUCAACUCGAUCCUGAAACAGAUGAUAUUAAAGAACCAAAUGAGACAUUAGAUGAAGCUAUUGUUAACAUAUCAAGUGAUGCUCAAUUACCUAUUAUAAUACAAUCAAUAGAUAAGCUAAAAGAUGGCAAUGACGAGUCUGAUGAUAAUGACGAAUACGGUGAAAUGAGACAACCAAGGAAAUCUGUUGUGACGUUUAAUGAAAACGUUGAGAAAAUCAUUCAUAUAGAAGACGUUAAUGAAGACGAAAGCUCAGAGCAGAGUUAUGAAGUUUAUAAAUUUUAA